GGACGAAAUUAUUUGCUUAAAAUAGGCCUAGUUUUCGCUGAAAUGGUCGAUUAUAACUGCUUAUGUAAGCUGUUAAUAGUCUUUAGCGUAGCUACUGGUUAGCAGAGAUCAGCAGACUCGUGUCCACGUGCAGCUGGAAGGCGGGAUGGUUUGUCCAGUUAAGACUCGUUUCAUCCUAAACAGCGCGAUAUUAAAUUUGACAGGCCUGUGACUGUUGCGCUGAGCUGUCAGAUGUCUACGUACGAACUCAUAUCAAUGACUCCGUAACUGAACGAAUCUUUCCUAAUUUGUUUCCUUUUUGUGUCAGCGGCCAUAAUUCUUCACAAGCGAGACUCCGGGGUGGACGACUGACUUCUUUUCGGAAAAUCAACACGACUAAUGGAUGAUCUCAUUUAAUGUUAUUUGUCAUUUCAAUCCGAACAUUCGCGCGUCGGAAACGCCUGUGCUCGCCUGUUCAGAACGAUAAAAAGCCAAUCAUGUCCUCCCCUGUGUUAAGACUAGGCUAUAAAAAGUCCAACGAGUGACAGCUUAAAUAUAACAUUUUGUGCUAGAUGAGACAACACUGUUACCUUCCAUUAGGUUUUAAAAUUCUCAGAAAGUAGGCUAGUUAACGUCGCAUAAACUUAACUUAAAAUCUGCGUAAAAUACGCAAUCGAGUACAGGCUAAUUAACUCGCGGGGACUCGGUAAAAGCAGAGGUCGCCGAUGUUUACAUUCUGAAAGGCGCUGUCGAUGUCUGGGAGGUGCUGAAAUCUACUCAAGCUCAGUUCCGCGUGAUUGCCCCCCUUUGACAGUGAUUGACAGGCGAAACCACGCAACCAAACUGCCAAGUCCAAUAGAAAAUCAGAAGCGGACUGCACGUCUUUUCCCUCCUCAAAAACAUCAUUCUUGUGCUAUAAGCUCGUGCCCUCGAACUCUCGAGGAAGCCUCAGACCGACCGAGCGACCGAUAUCUAUUUCUUUACAUCAUCUAACGUUCAUCAGCUGAUUCUGGAAUUGCCUUUUUGUCUGGAUUCGACCGUGGGAGAAAGAGAAAAGCCGCAUAAAGCACGGAACUGUGCUUGAUGUAGAGAGGACUGCGAGGGGGAAUCAGAAGCCUUCAUGUUUCAGUUGCCAAUUUUGAAUUUCAGUCCCCAGCAGGUAGCGGGGGUAUGCGAGACUUUGGAAGAGAGCGGAGACAUCGAGCGUCUCGGCAGAUUCCUGUGGUCGCUGCCCGUGGCACCCGCUGCCUGCGAGGUGCUCAACAGAAAUGAAUCUGUGCUGCGAGCUCGGGCUAUCGUAGCCUUCCACACCGGGAAUUUCCGCGAUCUUUACCACAUUCUGGAGAACCACAAGUUCACCAAAGAGUCUCAUUCCAAACUGCAAGCACUUUGGCUGGAGUCACACUACCAGGAGGCAGAGAAGCUCCGAGGCCGCCCGCUAGGACCAGUGGACAAAUAUCGGGUACGGAAGAAGUUCCCUCUGCCUAAAACAAUUUGGGAUGGAGAACAAAAGACGCACUGCUUUAAAGAAAGGACCCGGCAUUUACUUCGAGAAUGGUACCUCCAGGAUCCUUAUCCGAAUCCGAGUAAAAAGAGAGAGCUUGCACAAGCUACGGGACUCACUCCCACUCAAGUGGGGAAUUGGUUUAAAAAUCGAAGACAAAGGGACAGAGCCGCAGCCGCUAAAAACAGGUUCCAGCAGCAGGUGUUGUCUAAUGGCUCGGUUCGGUCCCUAACUGGAGAGGAUGGUGCUGUAGACCGACUGGGGAACGCGUCGAGCCCAGAAGCGAGCCUGUCGAGCAAAGCCGCUGCGUCGGCCAUCUCCAUCACUUCAAGUGACAGCGAAUGUGACAUCUAACAUCGCACCGAACCGGCCCGAGGGGCUAUAAGGGAAGACUAUGAAAAAAUUAACACAUACGAUGGAAAUCGAGACAGACAAUCAGCAAGAUAAACAAGCACAUUAGUGCCUGCCUUAACGUAUCAAAGGCCGUGUUUUUUAUUGCAUUUCAUUUAAUUUAUUAAUUUUUUAAGGCUGUUACACCAGCCUGGAAUCUUGGGAUUCACGGAAUGCUUUAUCAUCAAAAUGUAUUUAUCUUUUUGUGAGAGCAAAGUGGGGGCAAACGCGGGAAAAAAAAAACUAUCUACUUUUGUAAUCGAUUGCCUCAAACAAAUAGCCUAUGUGCCCCUACGGAAAUGAUAUUUAACACUUUUGGUUAAUUUUGAAAAGGACUUCAUGGUGAAACAUUUGACCUCCCGGGUUUUCUAAGGUGUUUACGCAUUAAAUUGUUACUCUUAUAGAAUCUCAUU